UCAAAUAUAACUAUGGUAACAUGGAAAAUCAGCCCCACGGUUGGAGGCCCCUGCACCAUGGGAUACAGGGCUGAUCAGAACAAGACAGACAGAACAAACUGCAGUGACAGCAUGAACUGGAAAUUCAGACCAGACGGGGAUCCUACCCUUGAGAUACGGCACGUGGGAAUAGCCCAUGAGGGAAACUAUACCUGCGAACUAGUAACAACAGAAGGGAAUUUCCACAAGACGUACUACCUGACCGUGCUAG